CACGGAUCAUUCGCUCCCAGUAGGCACCCAGACUCAGUUACAGUUGCAGACAUUCACGGUUCUUGGCGUUAACCGCAUUUAGUUUUACUGUUAGUUCUUCUGCCAUUCAAACAUGGGAUCUUACUGAAGUCGCAAAUCUCGCUUUUAAGUUUCGGAUUUACAACUUGACGUUGAUCGAUCUGCGGUGCUUGUUCUAAGAUGGGUUGGACGUGGCGGCUUCUAACAGUUCUUCUAGCGGUAGUGGUGUUUUGCUCCAAAUCAUGCGAAGGGGGACGAGGAAAUAAGGGUCAUCACCAAGGGGGGAAUCGGCUUAUAGAAUUGCUCACCGCAGGUAUUGUAGCAAAAGUAUUACAAAAACAAGAAGGACAUCAUGGUGGUGGAGGAGGAGGCCAUGAAUAUUACCCUGUUCCUAUACCCAUGCCUAUGGGUUCAAAGAAAGAGCAUCACCACAUCACAGAAAAAAUUAUACCCAUUCCGAUACCUCAUCACACUACUCGUAUAAUACACAUCAAUGCUGGUGGUCCUCACGAAUCCUCCCAUGGCAGUGGUCAUGGGGGAGGUGGUGGAGGAGGAUUUGAUGGCGGAAGCUACGAUGGUCCUGGUGAUUAUGGUCCCGGUGGUUAUGGAGAUCCUCAUCCACACGAUCACGAUGAUGAUCAUCAUCACCAUUCCAGCUCUGGCUCCAGCAACAAACCCAUCAUUCAACAACUGUUGUUCCAUGACAGUGGGGUGUAUGGGCAACCUGGUAUUCCUCAUCACCAUCCUGCUGCAGCCAUUGCUCGACACCCAGCUUACAUGGCUUACAGAAGACCUGGAAUGGGUCUAGUUCCAGCUGCAGCUCAUCCAGCUUAUCUGGUGAGGCCUAGGUAUCCGCCAUACGUAGCUGUUCGACAACGGUUACCGCCACCAAUGGCUGCAGCGGCAGCUGCAUAUGGCGCGCCCUUCUAUGCUGUACCUUACAGAAGAAUGCCAGCGGCAUCUUACAUGAAUCCAAUGGUUCUACAAAGGCCACCACCAUAUCGUGCCUGGUAGCAUUAAUAUUAAAACAUUAAAUAAUAUUAAAAUAGUGCCAGUUAGAUAAAUGUAUUCAGGGACUUUAUGAUCGCUAAAAAGUGUCUGUUCAUUCAAACGUUUACGCGAUCUUCGGACAGCAGUUCAGCUGCUUCCAAAAAAGAGAUUCAACAAGAACUUUAUGAUUUGUUAGACAUCUCUUUGUGUAACUAGUAUUUUUUAUGUUUAUACCUGCUGGUUUCGGAAUAAACGGAGGAAAACUGGAAACAAAUAACUUAUAAACCAUUUAAUUUUCCUCCAACUGUAUUAUCAUUUAUGAGGCUGGAUCCUUUAUUAAUAAUAUUGAUGUUCUUUCAUUCAUAAUAUCAUUUGCAUGUUGAAAUUAUAGCCAUUUUCUCCGAAGUUUUAAUAUGACAUAAAAAUGACAACUUGUAAAGGCGAAUACCAAUGAGAAUCAAUUGAUGAAAUGUUCUUUUUACAUCUGAAAAAAUCUGCAGGAUAGUAAAUUUGCAAUUUACUUUUUGUCCAAAAUGUUCCGAGGCUGGAUCAAUGAAAAUUAGAGAAAACUUAAGACGAAGAUUUCAAUGCUUCAUGUGUCUCACAUAGCCUCCUCCUAAUUGAAUAAAACGCACAGGUCGUUCAUACGACUGUAUGAAACCGAAAGCAAAGUCCUUGUUUGGGAUUUUAACUUGCAUGUCGCUAUUGCUGGAAUGUCUGUUAAGGCAUGAUAGUUUUGACACUCCAUGCAAAGUUUCAUUCUUGGGAAUUAAAAGAAGUUCCUUGGCGCAAAAUCGGGUGGCCAAGAAGGUGGUUAAGAACUUUCACAUCUUUUCUUCACUAGAAAUUGCACCAUAAUUUCAGCAGUGAGAACGAGGGGGCAUUGUCCAGUGAAGGGCAUUGUCCUCAGCAAGAAGAAAUCCUUUGCCUUUCAGAGUUUUGGACGAGUUCCACUGAAUUCACUUGCACAACCGAUGCAUGAUACCCGUGAAUCACAUUCACAGUUUUAUUUCUGUUAUGAUUAUAUUGCAGGAAGAAAACUUGUCUCGGAACGUUUCGGACAUACGGCAUAGGUAGUUAUAUAACCUGCUGUAACAAGCUGCUAUAAACAAAUGCUUAACAUUAAGAACUUUAUUGAUUUCAUUUUAAUGAAAUCGAUAAAUUUCAUCAAAUUCCGCGUGAACUGAUUUUGCAAUUUUCGACUUUUUUAUUUUAUGAUACUCAAAUUUAAAAAUUUUAAAUACUUAUUUUAAUAAAUCGAAAUGAAUGUUAAUUUUAUAAAUUUAUUCAAAUACUAUAUAAAAAUGUUUAAAGGUCAUUCGUAUACUGUUAUAAAUUUCUGUUUUUGUAACUAGUAUGAUUCUAUAUAAACUGUUUUUAUUGUUGUUGAGUGAA